CAAUCGUAGAGGAGGUCAGCAAGAUGCUAAACCUCUGCGAAGUGUAAAGGAAUGUUAACGUGACAAUCAAGAAAGGACUUAAAAGUCUAACAUCGCUCAUACAGAAACUAAGAUAUCCAAGCACAUAGAAACGAAGAAGAAAAUCUUUUCUAAAAUAUUUUGAAAUUAAUUCCCGUAGUUGAAACCGAUUUCUGCUAAUCGAACUCGUGUUUCUUUCUUUCUGUCUUCCCUUUGCAUUUCAGAUGGCAAGGGAGAGAAGUUAGGAAAAAGUAGCAAUUUAAGAUACCGGAAGUCGUGUACUUUUCCCAUAAUUUACCGCUUUAGAGGUAAAUACAGUUUUCCUGCAUUGCUGUUGUUCUUCCGGCUUUUGUUUCUGAACUAUAUAUGUAUAUACAUACAAGUGUUCAAUGAGAGUAGCGCGAAAUGCCAGGUAAGGUAUCUGGCUUUUAACGAGGAAACUUUUUAACAAAUAAAUUUUCCAGAUCAGCGUUCUCUAACUCCUAACUUUCAAUACCGACCUAAAGUACGCGUCCAUUUACUGUAAUUAAUUCUUUUCCCGAAAAUCAAAUAAACUCUUCAGUGAAUUAUGUAUUAUAAUUCUUUUUUUAUUUUUUAAUUCCAUAAAGUAAUUUUAAAACAGGUGAAUAACGAAAAUUGUUUUUAAAUAAAAUCAAAAUCAGCAAAUUCAAAAGUCUGAAUUCAGUUGUUCUGAAUUGGAGAAGAAACAAAAAAUUUAAAUGUCAAUAAAAAAAAUGUCAGGUUAGAACACAGCAGUUGACAGCAGUGAAUAAUUCAAUUCAGUGGAAGUUACAAUUCUGUUAAAAAAAUUAUCCGUUUAUGGUCUAGAAAAAUUCCAAAAUAACCAUCAAGAAAGGAACAGAAAGAAAUGACGGAAAUUAAACAUCAAAAGAAUGAUGAAAUCAUCAUGAACAGUGAAACAGGAUUGAAAAAAAUAACAGCCAAACUCAAAUGGACUAUAAAGGAUUUUCAAACAUUGACAUCAAGUGAAAAUCGACGACGAUUUCCAAAUAUACAAUCGUCGACAUUUUUCAUACAGGACAAAGAUCGUGAAAAACCAUUUCAAAUCACAUUUCACUAUAAUUACAAUUUUCUUCAUUUCAAAUGUACACCAGAUUUACCAAAGUAUUCAACGAUUGUUUGUUCAGUUCUAAACAAAAGAGGUAUGAGCGAUUGGCAAUCGAGCUUAUUUAUUCCACCGUUAAAUCGAAUUCAAUUAACACCCGAAUUUCUGGUUCAAUUGAAAAAACCCUACAAGCCAUAUUUGAAUUUAGUUUUACUUUUUCAAAUCGACAUUAUCGACGAUGUUGUCACAAAUCUUGUUUAUGAUUCAACACCCAGUCCAGUUUACAGUAAUUUCGAUCAAUUUCGUCAAAGUCAAACAAUUUGUGAUGUGACAUUUUUUAUCGACAAUCGUGAAUUAAAAGCGCAUAAAGUGAUUUUGGCCUCGAGAAGUCCGGUAUUCUUGGCAAUGUUUCAACAUCAAUUUGCCGAACAAAAUAAUAAUGUGACAAUAGUGGAUAUAAGAUUUGAAAUUUUUGAAGCACUAUUGCAGUAUAUUUAUAAUUGUGAGAUAAAGGAUUUGAAUGAUAUCGCUGAUGAAUUAUUGAUUGCAGCUGAUAAGUAUUUAAUUGAUGAACUUAAGUUUAUGUGCGAGAAAGUAUUAACAUCCAAUAUGUCGAAAGAAAAGGCGGCUAAUUUGUUAUCAAUUGCGGCGCAAUGCAAAUGCGAAAAUUUAGAAGCUUGUUGUCGUUUCCAUAUUUUAGGAAAAUAAGAA